AACACAAAGAGAAAAUGGCAAGUGCAGUCGCCCUUAACGGUGAUUUCAUGUUACGUGACACCUUAACAGAAGCUUAAUGUAACUAGAAUAACGAAAAGAUGUCUAAUUCAUCAUAAGAUUUUUUGGGCUGUAUUAGAAAACGAUGGAUGAUUCCCAGUCAAUUGACAAAAUUAUUGAACAAGAAUUGUUGAAAAUAAAUGUUGGGGAUUUAAAACUUCAAGAUUUAGAAGACAGCUCAGAUGAUGAACCUGUCUGCCAGGACAAUAUUGACACAGAUGAAUUACCAGAAUCACUAAUUGCUUAUUUCCAGUUGUCAAAAGACAGAGUGAAUUUUGCUGAAAAUGUUAUACUUCAGGAUUUGGAAGACACUGAAUUAGGCUUUCAUCAUGAUGAUAAAGACUGUAUUAAAUCAAAGCAAUCUUACACAGAUGAAGAUGUCAGAAAAAGGCUAAUUUUGGAAGCUGAGGAAAUACUGAAUUUGUCAUCUGAAUUUCGCAAUGAACGAUUUUCAGAUACAUCUAAUGAAGAGAAAGAUUGUUUUGAAAAUAUAAUAAAUACAGAAUAUGAAGAAGUCGAAAAGCGAUGUAGAUCUGAACUGCAAGUAUGGGAGGACAAACAAAGUGAAAUGGAAAACAAAAGAAUUCAGGAGCUUGAAAUACUUAAAGAGCAACAAGAGAGAGAAAGGGAAAAGGAAGAUGAGAGAAAAAGAUGGAGACAAAAAGAAUUUGAUGAGGAGCUUAAAAGAAUCCAAGACCUCAAUAUGAAACAAAAAUAUGAACUAGAAGAGAAGGUUAGGCAGGAAGAAGAGCUAUUACAAAGUGAAUUACGCAUUCAGGAGGAAGUAAUUAUAAAUCUACAAGAGCAUAUAAACAGUGAAAAGAAAGCUUUUGAAGAACAACAAGCAAUGGAGAAAUUCAGACUGGAAGAACAAAAUCAAAGGGCGGCCAUAAAAAUUCAGUCGGUUGUUAGAGGUUUCCUGUCACGUAAGAAAUAUGCCUUUGUACUGAACCAUAUAAAAUCUGAGAGACUGAAGAAAAAAGAGUUAUUGCUGAGACUGAUAAAGGAACAGAAAGAAAAAGAGAUAAGACGUAACAAACGGCUAGAAGAACAAAAACUCCUGGAAGAAAAAGAAAGGAAAAGAAAAGAGGAAGAGGAAAGACUGAAGCUGGAAGAGCAAAUAAAGAGACAUCAUGAAUAUGAAACUAAAAAGGUGGAAGAACGUCAACGUUUAGAGAGAGAAAAACUCGUGAAGCUGGAACAAGUUAAAAAUCAAAAAGAACAUGAGGAAAAUAAAUUCAAAGAAGAAUCAAUGAAGUUAGAAUUAGAAGAAAACAUUCUUCAUAGAAAAUCAGUUGGAACUCUCGGGGAAGAUCAAGAAAAGGAAAACAAAGAAAAACACAAAAGUCAAGUGCUAGAUGUGCAAGUAAAGUUAAACUUUGGGUAUGAUAAAAAAACAAAGGAACAUCAUGAGCUUUUGGAAAAGGAAAAGACACCAAAGGUUCCAAAAGUCAAAAAGCAAAUGGAAACUAAUAAACCAAAACCAAAAGAAGAGUUAAAUUGUUCAGAGGUGGACACCAACUCUGUCGAGUAUGUUAAAUCAGAUGAAAAGCUAAAAAAGCAUCAACAAAAUCUAGUUUCUCAGGAGCAAAUAAACCAUUUCCAUGAACAUGCCAAAAAAACAGAGAAAGAACAUCAGCAUUUGGAAAGAGAAAAGAUAAAAACUCUCAAAAAGGAAAGUGAAAAAGAAAAUCAAAAAGACAAGUUACAAUGUUUAGAGGAGGAACUGAAUGUUGAUCAGAUGAGAAAUAUAUAUGAAUCAAACAUUUCUGAAGUAUUACAAGAAAAAGAACCACUUGAUAAAGUAUUGAAAGAAAAAGUGGUUCCUUUGGUAGUAGAUAAAUACAAAACAACAGUAGAACAGAAUGCUGAAGUUGACAACCAAAGGAAACAGAGUGAUUUUCAUUCUACAACUGUAAUUCAAUGUUUAGCAAAGGAAGGAGAUGCUGCUAAAAUUAUAAAUCAAAGUAAAACUGUAGAAAAAAAUGAAAGUCUUGAUACUGAAAACAAUGUCUUUGCAAAUGGUAGUGAGCAAAACAGUUGUUGCGUUCCUUGCAAAACAGGCAGUGAUGAUAUAAUAAUCAAUUCUUCUUUAGAUAGUAAUUAUAAUGUAAACACAGACAAGUGUACCACAAUGAAAUCUCCUUCUGACAACAGUGCCAUGGCAGAAGAAAAUUCCAAAUUAAGUCUUUCAUGUGCUACUGAACAGAAACGUGUUACAUGGAUGAAAACUUGCAUUCCUUGGUCCAGAAUAUAUGAGGAGAACAGAAGGAAGAAGGUAGUCAAAAGAAAAUUGACACAAAAAGUUUCAAGUGUUCAACUUCCUCCCCUGAAUGAAGCACUAAUUCUGCAAACAGGUGUUUGGAACUCACUUGAACAGGUCACCACAGUUACUCUUGAGGACUUGCCUGGCUGCAGCUUGUCCACUUUUUCUAAGUGCAGAAAAUUACAGGCUUUAACUCUUAGACGCUGUGGGUUGACAGUGCUUGAGGGAAUCAAUCAGUGUAAGGAACUGAAAUACAUUGAUGUCCAGGAAAAUUUCAUACAGUCCAUAAAUUGUCAAGAUCUGGAAAAGCUUUGUGUCCUUCGUAUUAGUAAAAACAGGUUGACAUCAAUUCAUGGCCUGGAUGGAGCGUCUAAUCUGCAGGUUCUUGAAAUGUCAUAUAACAACAUCACACGAAUUGGUGGCUUGGAAAGUUUAAAGAAACUUCAGAGGCUUGUUAUUGAUCACAAUCAGUUAAUUAACACCAAAGGACUGAAGGAAACACCUACUCUUCUACAUCUUAAUUGUGCCUACAAUCAUCUUUCCAAUAUUGAAGGCAUUGAUCACUGUUUUCUGCUUCAGACUUUAAACCUCCAGGGCAAUAACUUUAGUGAGCCUCCUAAUUUAUUGAACCACGUUUUGCUGAAAGAACUGUAUUUAGAUGACAAUAACAUCUCUUCACUCGAGAAUUUAUCAUUAUCUUGGUUACCAGUCCUGCAUCUGCUUUCAGUCUCACAGAAUGUUAUUACUCAACUUUCACCCCUUUCUGACUUGAUAUCUUUGAGAAAAUUCAAAAUUAACAAUGUCUGCUUAUCAGACCUGGAGAAUAUUGUACAUUGCCUUAAAGGGUGUCAGAAUCUGAGUGAUCUGGAUAUUGCUGGAAAUCCUUUUCAGAAGGAAGCACAAUGGAGGUCACAUUUGUUAAAUGUUCUUCCUGGUCUAAAGAAGCUUAAUGGUGAACUAGCCCAUUCUAUAGAGGAAUCUGCUGAAAUAUGCAUAAGGCCACCUACAGGAGGUUUUUUGGCAAUCUGUGAAUCCCAGCUUGAAGAGUAUGAUCUGUUAAUCCAGAGCCAAAAUGAUGAAUUCAACAAAUCAAUGUCUCCCCUGGAUACUGCUGAAGUCUACAGUCAACAAUGUAAUGCAUUGAUGAAACUGGCUGAAAAGCACAGAUUAUGUCAUGAGUAUGGAGAUCCAAGCAUCAAUGAUAAAACUGAUCCAGAAUCUUUGUGUGGUCAUGCGAUGAAAGCUUCAUGUGAAAGCUGUCAGAAUAAUAUUCCUUUUAUCACACGGUGUAUGGAAAAUAACCAAGACUUUACAGCUUCUUUUCAAAGAUGUAUGCCUUAUGAUCAAGUUCAGGACAUAAUGAGUUCUUCUGAUGACUGUCAAUAUCAGAGAAAACAGAAAGAUAAGCCAAUCAAUUUGAAAAUUGACUUUCUGACCUGUGCUAAUGAAGAAAUGACAAAUGGAAAACAAUGCCAUGAAAGUUACCAAGAGAUAAUAGAAGACCACAUUGAUAGCAAAAGUAACACUGCAAGCUUUGCAAAUACAGUAAUUCUCAAUCACCGUGAAGGAUUAAUCUGUCCUGUAGUGAAAGAAGUUCAUAAUUCUUCACAAGCUAACAGUGAAGUUAUUCAAGCAUUUGAAGAUCAGAGUAUAAGUGCAUCCUUGGAGCAGAAGCAUAGUAACAUUUGUGUGAAUAGUGAUACAAUAAAGCGUGAAAGCAGAAAUAUGAAGGAAAAGGCUGCAACAGUCAUUCAAGCUUCUUGGCGAGGCUAUAUUUUACGAAAAAAACUGGAUUCCGCACUUUCUGCUGCAAGAAUAAAUAAUGUAGAAGAUGAUUUUGAAGAAAUUGAUUUAGAAGACUUUACUUUUGAUGAGGCAUCUUUGGAAAAAGACUGGAUCACCUUAGAUUCUGUACCCUCCUUUUCAACACCAGAACAAUUUUUAAGCCAUCUGCAUUUGCCAAAGCAUUCAAGUCAUCAUAAUGAAAGUGAAAAAAUACCAUCAUCUUUUCAAUGGCAACCACAAGAAGCAUGGGUUAAUAAUGACAGUCAAAUAGAAUUGACAAGUAAGCUGCAGUCAUCACCAAAGGAAACUCAACGAAGUGAAAGUUCAGUAAGCAUAACACCAUCAUGUCUAUCAAAAGAUGUAAACAGUGUGAAAUCUGAAAAGGAAAAACUAAUAUUAGAGGAAUGGGGAUUUAAAAGUGGUUAUACAGCUCAGCUAAUGCUAAAAAGAGCACAAAAAAUGAAAUCUAAGAAAGAAUGGCAAAAGAAAUUGCUUGAUCCAGCUGUACGUCUGGCAUUAUUCAAAAACAAUGAAAAUAAGCAUCCUCCUCCUAAGACUUCAUACAAAUUACGGCCUCCCAGAGCAGACCUUGUUAGAGCUCAGGAAUUUAUAGAUCAUGGAAUUCUCUCAUCACAGAAAAUAGAAGAAAGAAAAAAAGAAUUAACAUACCAGUGGCUUCAUACUCAAGUUAGUGAUUAUGAAAUAAGCAGUUCAAGGAUUAUGAAAGGUGACGGCUUCUUACCACACAUUCAUCCAGAAGUAUUAAAUGGAGGAAGAGUUCAGCUUGUGGCAAGUCCCAUAAGAACAGAAAGUCUGUGUGAUGAGAUUGCACCCAGUGCAAAUGGGAGUGCUUUGUCUCAGGCCAGUAAAGAAAGCAGAGGACUUAAACCAAUGCGCAGACACUCAGCAGGACAUUCAAAAAAAGAAGUUCCGUUACCUCUAAGAGCAGAGUCCUCACCAGCCAAAAAGGAGAAAAUUUCUUUUCGAGUAAACCCAGUUCAACUGAGUGCUGGCUGGGGCAGUGGAAAGAAGAAAGCAAGGCCUAACUCCUGAAGGACACUUCAUACAUGUGUAUUGUAGUUUCUGUUAGUCACAUUUAGUUGCUAAGUGUUUAUAUAUCUUUUAAAAUUAAACAAUACUACAUUUUGA